CUGAAAUUUUGGCAAGAUUUGGAAAAACUUAUUCACUGGAACUCAGGUCACGUUCGCUAGGUCUUCGUAAAUACGAGUUUGACGUUCUAUUGGUAAAUGAAACAGGUAUUAAUAUGACGGCAGAUGAAUUUCUUAAGGAACGAUAUGAAAAAAAUUUUAAAAGAUUUCCUUUUGCUAAACCCAUGCCUGGCGCCAUGCGACUUGUGACUCAUUUGAAAAAGCACCGUAUUCCAAUAGCGGUUGCAACGAGUUCGAGUCGUGAAAGUUUCAAUAUUAAAGCCUCCAAUAAUAGAGAAUUAUUCGAUAUGUUUGAUAAUAUUACUUGUGGAGAUGAUGCGAAUGUCAAGAAUGGUAAACCAGCUCCGGACCUAUUUCUUGUAGCACGUGAAGGGAUUGGUAAUCCCCCUACGAAACAUUGUUUGGUAUUCGAGGACUCGAUUAAUGGACUCAAAGCUGCAAAGAAUGCAAACAUGAAAGUUAUUUGGGUACCAGAUCCUGUGAUUGCAGAGUUAUAUCCGGGUAAAAAUGGUGCUGAUGAAAUGAUUUUUUCUUUGAAUGAUUUUGAUCCAACAACAUUUGGGUUGCCAUCGUUUGAUGAAGAAACCGGUUCUGCAUAA